AUGAAGUUCACAAUUAGCUUGUUUGUAGCUCUUAUGAUGGCCAUCUCGGUUCAAAGUGAUGGUACUACCAACAGUUCGCCCUAUACAUGCCUGGCUGACAAGGAAAAGCCCGAGGCCAGUUGCGUACGCAGCAAUAAGGAUGAUCAAGGAGCUCUCACCUAUUUUGUUACUCUCGCCACUUCUGCCGACAGCAAGUUUUCUUGUGAGAAGGUGGAAGUCGCAAAGAAGCCUUCAACAGAUACUGCUUGUUGCGCGACCGGCACCACACCUUCGGGUGGAGACCCGGAUCCCAAGGGCAUGAGCAAAGAUGAUUACAACAAAAAGUGUGGAAAGGCCGAUCCUGAGAGCAGUGCCGGCGGCGGCGACCCAAAGUAA